UGAGGACUCGUAGAGCUGCGUCACGAAUUUAUUCCGAAAUGAGGGAGUGCAUAAGUAUACACCUCGGACAGGCAGGCGUCCAGAUGGGUAAUGCCUGCUGGGAGUUGUUCUGCUUGGAACAUGGCAUCGAACCAGAUGGGAAGAUACCCAGCGACAAAGUGUCUGGGAGAAUGGAUGACUCGUUCAAUACUUUUUUUGCUGAAACUCCUGCUGGCAAACACGUUCCCCGGACAGUAUUCGUGGACCUUGAGCCCACCGUGCUUGAUGAGGUGCGCACUAGCACGCACCGCCAACUUUACCACCCAGAGCAGCUCAUCUCUGGGAAAGAGGAUGCAGCAAACAACUACGCCCGGGGUCGCUACACCAUCGGAAAGGAAAUGAUCGACCUUGUUCUUGACCGAAUGCGAAAACUGGCUGACCAAUGCGAUGGGCUGCAAGGCUUCCUAGUUUUCCACAGCUUUGGUGGAGGCACUGGUUCAGGUUUCACCUCUCUACUCAUGGAGCGUCUGCCUGUCGAGUACGGCAAGAAGUCCAAGUUGGAGUUCUCAAUCUACCCAGCACCUAAGGUGGCCACGGCCGUUGUGGAACCAUACAACUCUGUUCUGAUGACUCAUACGACACUGGAGCAUACAGAUUGUUCGUUUAUGGUGGACAAUGAGGCAAUCUACGAUAUCUGUCAUCGCAACCUCGACAUUGAACGACCCACCUACUCCAAUUUGAAUCGACUAAUCGGCCAAAUAGUAUCUUCGAUCACAGCGUCUUUGCGCUUUGAAGGUCCUCUGAAUGUGGAUCUCACGGAGUUCCAAACUAACCUGGUGCCGUACCCAAGGAUCCACUUUCCGCUGGUAACUUAUGCCCCUGUUAUAUCAUCGGAAAAGGCCUACCAUGAGCAAUUUACAGUUGCAGAAAUCACAAAUGCUUGUUUCGAACCGACCAAUCAGAUGGUAAAGUGUGAUCCCCGCCAUGGAAAGUACAUGGCCUGCUGCAUGCUUUACCGGGGUGACGUGGUCCCCAAGGAUGUGAACGCAGCCAUUGCUGUCAUCAAAACUAAACGCAGCAUUAAAUUUGUCGACUGGUGCCCCACUGGAUUCAAGGUGGGUAUCAACUAUCAGCCACCGACUGUGGUUCCGGAAGGAGACGUGGCCAAAGUACCUCGUGCAGUAUGCAUGUUAUCUAACACUACUGCUAUUGCAGAAGCUUGGGGUCGUUUGAACCACAAGUUCGAUCUGAUGUAUGCUAAGCGAGCAUUUGUCCACUGGUACGUUGGCGAGGGCAUGGAGGAGGGCGAGUUCUCCGAGGCUCGGCAAGACAUGGCAGCGCUGGAGAAGGACUACGAAGAAGUCGCUUCUGUUGAAGCUCCUGAAGAAGUUGGUGAAGAAUUCUGAGCAAAGCGGCUCAGAAACGAACGUUUUUUUUUUCCACCACCCGCCGCAUGCGAGGGGUCUUGUCUUCCUUGUCUUUUGUGUGUGUGUGUGUGUGUGUGUGU